AUGCCUUCUUCUACAAAACUUCCAACCCGUGCUUUGGGACGCAACGGUCCUCAAAUUCCUGCCCUUGGCCUCGGACUCAUGGGUUUGAGUACUUUCUAUGGAAAACCUGGCUCGGAUGAGGAGCGUUUUGAGUUCCUUGAUCGUGCUUAUGAGCUAGGCUGCACUCAUUGGGAUUCAGCUCAAAUGUAUGGCGACAAUGAAGUACUUUUGGGCAAAUGGUUCACGAGAACUGGAAAACGCAGUGAGAUCUUUUUGACUACCAAAUUCGGUAACCAUGUCACCCCAGAAGGUGGUCGCGAAAUCCGAAACGAUGCAGAGUACAUCCGUCAAUCUGUAGCAGAGAGUUUUGAAAAACUUCAAACCGAUUACAUAGAUUUACUCUACUGUCAUAGAUUCACUGGAACAAUUCCAGUCGAGACAAUUGUUACUGUUAUGAAAGAAUUUGUCGAUGCUGGCAAAGUCAAAUAUUUAGGUCUCAGCGAGUGUGGUGUUGAUACUCUCGAACGUGCUGUUAAGAUUCACCCAAUUCACGCGUACCAAAUUGAGUACAGUCCAUUCUCUAUGGAUGUUGAGAAGCCAGAAGUUGGACUUCUUGACUGUUGCAAGAGACUCGGCAUAGCGCUUGUUGCCUAUUCACCAUUGGGCCGUGGUAUUCUCACUGGUCAAUACAGAUCAGUCGAUGAUUUCGACAAGGAUGAUUUCCGACGAACAAUCCCACGUUUUGCCACCCAGGAGAACUUCGAUAAGAAUCUGAAACUCGUCGACACCAUUACUGCAAUUGGAAAAACCAAGAAUGCCUCCCCGGGACAAGUAACACUUGCCUGGAUGAUUAAACAAGACCCCCUCAUUUUCCCAAUUCCAGGUACCAAAAAGAUCAAGUAUUUGGAAGAGAAUAUUGGAGCUCUGUAUGUGGACUUGUCAGAUGAAGAGGAUAAAGCAAUUAGACAUGCAAUUGAGAGUGCUGAAGUGGUUGGAACUAGAGUUGCUGAGCAUCUCAUGGGUGUUCUUGUGGUUGAUACUCCUCCUCUUACCAAUUAA